AUGGGCUUCAUACCUCUCGAAGAUGCCUAUAUUCACAAUGCGCCGAAUGGAAUCGAGAAAGUGCCAACAGACGUGAAUGGCGACUUUAGCUCAUUCCAAAUCACGCAUCUUGCCUCUGAACAAGUCGCCACUCCGACCGGCAUGAAGGAAGAGAUUGUGCUAUUGUCCUGGCUCAUGGUGCUGUUGCGCAGCCGGGAAGACAGCCAAAUAUCAUACGACUGGUCCCACAAAGAUUUCGCAAAUGGUGUUGAGCCCGAGUCGGUGAACAAACUAUUGAUGAAUGAAGUAAUGAAAGGAUUACAAAGUAAUGUGGGAGAAGUUGCGACUGCGAUCUCCCGGAAUAUCAGCACGGCAGCGUCAAGUCCCUCAUCGCUCCUUUUGAGCACCAGCUCUCUUUCGCGAACAUCGGAAGAAGCCAAAGAUGAAAAGGGUAUAAUUCAUCUCGAAGUUCGCUUCAAUAAUGCCCACCUCGAGAUCCGCCCAUUGUGGCACACCGAGAACAUGCUGCCAUACACAGUAAAUCACCAUGUCGAGGCACUUGCCGACACUAUCAGAGUAUGCCUCACGAAUCCCGAAGCGACCAUUGAGCAGUGCCUUCGCCCGACUACAAGUGACCUGAACGAUAUAUGGGGGUGGAACCACGAAUUGCCCCCCACCUACAGCUUUUGUAUGCAAGAGAUGGUUGCCGAAAGAGCCCGCGAAUACCCAGACAAAGUCGCCAUUGAUUCCUGGGAUGGCAGCCUGACCUAUAGCCAAAUUGAUCAGUGGUCCACUUCCGUGGCGUGCUCGCUCAAAGAAAUGGGCGUCGAGCUGCACGAUGUUCUCCCUGUGUGCUUCGAGAAGUCCAGGUGGACAAUCGUGGCUGUGCUCGGAGUAAUGAAAGCAGGCGCAACCCUUGCGCUCAUGGAUCCAACCCUGCCGCUUGCCCGUCUUCAGAACAUGGCAGUACAGGUCGGCGCAAAGUCGAUGGUUUCGUCCCGCAAGCAGCAUGAGCUGUCACUGACCAUCAUGCCAACUGGAAACCACUUCGUCGUUGAAGAAGAUGCUUUCACAAAUCCAUCAAACUCCCCAUCAAUCUCCGUCUUACCCACCGUACCAUCCUCCGCUCUUAUGUACAUCAUCUUCACCUCUGGCAGCACGGGCACUCCGAAGGGAGUGAAGAUUUCUCAUGAAACCUACACGAGUAGCGCAAUUCCUCGAGCAAAAGCAGUUGGAUACACGCCGGAGUCCAGGGUUCUUGAUUUUGCAUCCUACGCUUUCGAUGUCAGCAUCGACAGUAUGCUCUUAACACUCGGAAAUGGUGGAUGUCUUUGCAUUCCAUCCGACGAGGACCGACUGAAUGAUAUCAACGAAGUUAUCCGCAAAAUGCGAAUCAACUAUGCUGGUCUGACCCCCUCAGUGGGCCGAAUUCUGGACGCGGAUGUCAUCGCAUCGCUCAGCGGCCUCGGUCUCGGAGGUGAAGCAGUCUCGGCAAGAGACGCCAACAACUGGGGCAAAGAAACCAGGAUUAUCAUUGGAUAUGGCCCCUGCGAAUGCACUAUUGGAUGCACAGUCAACGGCAGCGCUGCUACUGGCAGAGACUACCUCUCCAUUGGCCCAGGCAACGGCGCAGCCAUGUGGAUUGCCAACCCGAAUGAUCACAACGAGCUUGUGCCAGUCGGCUCUGUAGGCGAGCUGCUCGUUGAGGGUCCGAUUGUCGGACAGGGCUACCUGAAUGACCCCGAGAAGACUGCUGCUGCUUUCAUUAAUGAUCCACCUUGGUUGGUCGCAGGCCACAAAAACUACGCUGGUCGUCGGGGCCGUCUGUACAAGACUGGAGAUCUUGGAAGAUACGAUCCUGACGGUCUUGGUGGUAUCGUUUUCGUUGGACGAAAGGAUACUCAAGUCAAGUUACGCGGACAGCGUGUCGAAUUGGGCGAAAUUGAAAGUCAGCUAAAGGCUGUUCUGCCUUCCGAAGCCAAUGUCAUUGCCGAGGUGAUUAACCCUAAGGAUUAUGGAGGCCAGGCAAUGCUCGUCGCGUUCGUUGCCUUCCAGCCAAAGGGACACGGACAGGCCGAGCUUGCCUUGGACGAGAUCUCAAGCGAGUUGAACAGCAUAUUGACAAAGGCCAAUGCGGACGUGGCGAAAACUUUGCCGCGAUACAUGGUGCCGACCACAUAUAUUCCGGUUAAUCUUAUGCCAGUGUUGAUUUCAGGCAAGACUGAUCGCAAACAACUCCGAGCGUUUGGUGCGACAGUUGAUUUGCGUCAGCUGGACCAAGGAGCCGCAAGCACCGCUUCUCGGGAACUGAAUGAGCUUGAAAAACGCCUGCGACAGGCCUGGGCCGAGACACUCAAACUCGAUGCAGAAGCUAUUCGUCCCGAUGACAACUUCUUUGCGCUGGGUGGUGACUCCUUGGCAGCCAUGAGACUCGUGUCUGUCUGCAGAGCGCAAGAUCUCGAUCUUUCUGUUAUUAGCACUUUCGGAAACCCUACCCUCUCGGCGAUGGCCACCAUCGUUCAGCCUUGCACCUCUCAAGUACAGGAAGAGAUCCCGGCAUUUUCUUUGAUCUCCCAAUCGGUGGAGAGCGCCCGCCUCGAAGCAGCACAAGCUUGUGGAGUGGAUCAAGAAAACGUGCAAGAUAUCUACCUCUGCACACCCACACAGGAGUCAUUGUUCACCUUCUCACUCAAAUCGACCAAGGCGUAUAUUGCUCAGAGAGUCGCAUGUAUUCCGUCGGAUAUCAGCCUGGAUGCUUGGAAGAAGGCUUGGGAAGAUGUCGUUGCAGCAAGCCCUAUCCUGCGAUCUCGUCUGGCACCGCUCCAGGACCCAGGCCUUCAGCAGAUUGUUGUGAAGGAAGACGUCUCCUGGAGAUACUCAACCGACCUAGACCAAUAUCUCGAGAAUGACCGAAGUGAGAAGAUGAACCUUGGACAAAGUCUGGCUCGAUACGGCCUUGUCAGCAAUGCAAAUGAUGACAAGCGGUAUAUGGUCUGGACUGUCCACCACGUUCUCUACGACGGAUGGUCAGAGCCAAUUGUUCUCAAGCAAGUCAGCGAUGCCUUGCAGAACCAGUCCGUGGAGAUCCAGACACAGAUGCGGAACUUUGUCAAGUACGUACGCGAUACAGACGAGGCCGCCAUGCAUGACUUCUGGCGACGGGAGUUGAAGGGCGCUGUCGGGCCUCAGUUCCCCCGUCUGCCCUCUCGCGACUUCAUGCCAACUCCCAAUGGCUUGAUCGAGCAUCAGAUUUCCCUCGAGACAGGUGCUGGAUCACCUUUCACGAUGGCUACAUUGAUCCGCGGUGCAUGGGCUCUCGUCGCAUCCCAAUACACCGGAAGCGACGAUGUCGUGUUUGGUGAGACACUCACUGGUCGUGAUAUCUCGCUGCCGGGCGUGGAAAGCAUCGUCGGACCACUGAUCGCAACAAUCCCCAUCCGCAUCCAGGUCCGCCGAUCCAGCUCAGUGGAAUCGUACUUGCAGAUGGUACAGCACACCAUCUUGGCUCGUACACCCUACCAGCAUAUGGGUAUGCAGAAUAUCAGAAAGGUCAGCCAAGAUGCGCAGUACGCAUGUGAAGCUGGCACCGGUCUGGUCAUCCAGCCCGACCCCGAGUACGUGGGUAGCGAGCUUGGAUUUAAGCUUGGAGAUGUCGUCCGUGAGGCGCUUCAUUUCAACCCAUACCCGCUCAUGGUGGCCUUUGGAAUCCGCAAGGGUGGUCUCAGAGUUUGCGCCAGUUUCGACAGCAGCCUGAUCGAGGGUUCACAGAUGCAGCGGAUCCUUGCGCAGUUGGAUACCGCUUGCGUGCAGUUGUCUAAGGGUCUUGACAAGCGCAUUGAUGAGAUAUCUUGCCUCCCCGAGACAGAAGUGGACCAAAUCUGGCAAUGGAACCAGGCUCCUCCUCUUUCCGUAGACGAAACCUCUGGCAACCUUCGCGCCCAUGCGAGCACCAAGCAAGGAUCAGUCUAUCCUCGUGUUGUGAUUCCUUGGGUGUGUGAUGCUCGCAACCCGGACUUGUUGUCGCCCAUCGGCAGCGUUGGUGAGCUCUGGCUUGAGGGCGCUUGCCUCUCUGGGGAAACAGUCGAGUCCCCUGCCUGGCUCGUGGCCGGAAGCUCUGGAUGUGCUGGACGAUCAGGAAAGGUGCAGCCUACAGGUGACAUGGUUCAGCUUCAGGGUGAUGGAAGCCUGGUCUUUGUUGGCCGCAAGGAGAAUGUCGUACCCCUUCAAGGCCAUGCAGUGGAUAUUGCAGACCUUGAAUUACAUUUCGAAAAACACCUGCCAUCAGCAACUCGCGCCGCUGCAUCUGUGUUCCAGCCAUUGAGAGAAGGCACCCAGAAAGUGACUGAGCAAGAGCUUGCUGUUUUCAUCGAGAGCCAGCCUUCUCAGGAAGACAGUGUAAGAGUCAUGCCGGCGAGAUACGAGAUGGUUGGUGAGGAAACGACAAUCUGCGACACUAUUUCCGUUACACUUGCCGUGUCAUUGAAGAAGCUUGAUAAAUUCAUCCGAGACUCACUGCCAUCCUACAUGGCCCCCUCUGCGUACGUUGUGGUUGAUAAGUUGCCCGCUGGAUUAGAGCAAUUCGACCACGCGUCCCUCAACAAACUGGCCUCGAAGAUUCCUCAAAGCGUCCUCGAACAGCUCCGUGGAGGCUUCAAAGAGGCAUGGACAAAGGGCUUGGCGCAGACAAAGUUAUCACCCCCAGAGAAGAUCCUGCAAUCCGCUUGGGCAAACAUCCUCCGGUUGAGCCCGGAGCAGAUUGACGUCGACGAUAACUUCUUCCGCCUUGGAGGUGACUCUGUCUUGGCAAUGAAAUUGGUGUCAAGUCUCCGCACGCAGGGACACAGCUUGUCAGUGGCUGAUAUCUUCCAACACAUGCGUCUUGGCGAUGCAGCCAAGGUGUUGAAGGUGGACCAAGUGAAGGAAAAGGCUACGCCAUACAAGCCUUUCUCUGCGCUGAGCAAUCUGGAUGUCAAGCUGUUCUUGUCCUCAACUGUCCGGCCCAAGCUUGCCAACCCAGGCUGGCCCAUCGAGGAUGUGUCUCCUAUCACAGAUUCCCAAGCGCUCGACAUCAGAGGAACCAUUGGAGCGCCACGCACUUCCAUCCAAUACACCAUGCUGUACUUCGACCAAAACAUCAAUCGCGAGCAAUUGCUACGCGCCUGCAAUGACCUGGUCAAGACCCACGAUAUUCUGCGCACUGUCUUCAUCGAGCAUGAAUCGUCCUUCCUUCAAGUUGUCCUCCAAGACGCACAUGCCCCCGUGGUCAUGCACCAGGCUGACAAGGAGAUUGAGCAAUACGUCACCGAGCUCUGCACAGCAGACAUCGAGUCAAACUUCGAGCUCGGAUCGCCAUUCCUCAAGAUCUUCCAUGUCCAAGGCACCGAGGGAAAGCAUUGUCUCGUGCUGGGUCUUUCACACGCCCAGUAUGAUGGUGUUUCCCUCCCCAGACUGCUCCAAGACUUGGAGACCCUGUAUGCCGGAGGCAAGGUUGUGGACUUUGAGCCAUUCGCCUCGUACAUGGCCCGAGUUUCCGAUGGACGCCUGCAAACUCAGGCAGUCAACUACUGGGGCGAUCUGCUCAAGGACUCGACACUGUCUGUGCUCUACGGAGCCUCGGCCCAGCCCACUGACAAAGCCAUCUUCCACGAGAGGGCGGUCGAAGAAUUCCAGCCUGUCCCAGAGAUCACGACGGCAAACGUGCUCACCGCAGCGUGGGCACUGGUACUCGCUCGUCGUCUAGGCAAACCCGAUGUAACAUUCGGCACGGUGACCUCAGGCCGAACGAUCGACCUAGCAAACGUGGAGAACGUCAUGGGUCCAUGCUACCAGCUCACCCCUGUCAGGGUGAAGUUCGAGUCUCAGUGGACGGCGAUGGAUCUGUUGCGCUUUGUGCAGAAGCAGAGCGCCGAGUCUGCAGCGCACGAUUUCCUCGGAUUCGAGAAGAUCUCGAAGCAGUGCGCGCAGUGGUCACCGGAGGCACGGUCCUUUGACUCGAUUGUCCAUCACCAGGACUGGGAUGAUUUCGAUGAUAUGCCAUUCGCUGGAUCUUCUUGCAAGGUUGAUAUUUCAAACCCACAUGGCGAUGCUGCUUAUCCCUUGAAGGCUGUCUCGUUUGUGCGUGGUGGGAAGAUGCAUGUUGGAUUUGUUGGAAGUGAAAGGGAUGCGACGUUUGUGGAUGCUACUCUUGAUGAGUUGGCUGCUGCUGUUCAGGAGUUGUCGGGUUGUCGCUCUGAGCCCCUUGUUAUCGAUGCCUGA